CUGGUCGAGGAGGAGGAGGAGAUUGGGGCUGGAUCAGAAGGAAGGAGCAGGACGGGGAGGCCGAUAUGACUCCUUGAGGCCCACGUUAAUGGUCUGAAAAUCAAGGAGGAGUCCUACCGACAGUGGAGAUAGCGACAGAUCGCAGUGGGGAUGUGCCAUGGACUAGCACAAGCCUGCAGGGAGGAAAUCAGAAAGGCUGAGGCACGAAAUGAGUGAUGCCUAGCAAGGGGCAUAACAGGUGAGUGGAAUUGCUGACUCUGCUGUGCUCAUCCAAAUGGCAAAAUGGGAAGAUCUGUGGGUCCCAAGUUUCCAGGACUUCAAGGAAAGGAAACUCUCAAAAGACACCCACACAGCAGAUGAUGAGAUCGCAAGUGAGAGCGAAGAGGAUGACAGUCCUCAGCCGGAAGGGCCUGAGAAAGUGGAGCCUCAUGGGACAUUAUCAAGAAGAUCCAAAUCGAAUGUUUCCCAGAGUCAGCAGAGCUCAGAAAAGCAGCCGCAAAAGCCUGCAGGGAAGAGACGGGGUAAGUCUGCUCCCCAAGAGAGAUCUUUGGGGAAGCAGCAGAGAAUCCACAAAGGGGAGGUGCCAAAUGCGUGUCUGGAGUGUGGGAAAGUCUUUGGCCGGAAAUCACAUCUCAUUAGACACCAGAGGACUCACCGGCGAGAGAAGCCGACCAUUUGUAAUGAGUGCGGGAAGAGCUUCAGCCGCAGCUCAACCCUCAUUGAGCACCAGAGAACCCACACGGGCGAGAAGCCCUACAAAUGCACUGAGUGUGGGAAGAACUUCAGCCAGAGCUCCCACCUCAUCACACACCAGAGGAUCCACACAGGCGAAAAGCCCUACCAGUGCACCAUAUGCGGGAAGCGCUUCCACCAGAACUCGCAUCUCCUGACCCACCAGAGAACCCACACGGGUGAGAAGCCCUACCAGUGUACUCAGUGCUGGGAGCGUUUCAGCCGCAGCUACACCCUGACCAGACAUCAGCGGAGCCACACGGGGGAGCGGCCCUAUCAGUGCCCUGAUUGUGGCAAAUGCUUCAGCCUCAACUCCACCCUCCUCAGCCACCAGAGAACACACACAGGCGAGAAGCCCUACAAAUGCUCUAAGUGCGGCAAAAGCUUCACACGGAGCUCGACGCUCGUCCAGCACCAGAGAACGCACAUAGGGGACAAGAUCUAUACGUGCCCCUGCUGCAACAAGGUGGCCUGCUCUAGCCUGUUCUUCUGAGUUGGGCUGCGGGACCUGCUCCAGCUUGUCCUUCUGAGCCCGGGCAUGGGACUGCUCCAGCCUGCCGUAGGAUUCCUCUUUUCCUGUUUGUGGUUGGAUCCUAAAGAGCAGGGACUGCCAAGGCACUUUGAGAUGCUUUUCCUCUAGGAACCACAGCGAGCACAGCUCCUCAACAGGGGAAAGCUCGCACUUGGUUUACUUUUUUUGUUUUAGUUCAGUGACUUUCCCUCUUGUGCACGCUGGGAGAAUGUAAUACUUCCCUUGCAUCUCCCUCCUGAUUUCAUAAUACUGUGCACUUCAAUGCAUUUAAGGAUCUCGGUGCUUCACACACACUAAUGAAGUAGGCCUCCCACAGGUUUGAGAGAUAAGGACACGUUAAAAAUAAAGAAAAGGAGGUGAAGUGACAUCAGUGAGUCACAGCAGAGCUGUCAUGCUCCCCAGCCAGAAUUCCUCACUUGUCCCAUAUUGCUGUCGUGUUUUCCUGUGCGAGAGAGGAGAAAAGCGAGAGCAAAGUCCCUUUUUGUGGGGUCUGCCAGCUCUGCCAAAAUACAUUCCUGGGGCUCUUUUGCUCAUGAACCUCCCAGCCUUGAAGUUCUGUGGGUGUGAUGACCGUCAGUCCGUAUGACCUUCACACAGGACAAGUGUUUCUCUUCCUUGGUGAAAGAGCACUGUUACUGUGCCUUAGUGGGCUAUGGCCAGUGACUGUGGUGUGGAGGGCUCUAAGACCAGACCAAAGCAGAACAGGCUUCCAGAGUUAACAUACCUGGAGUUUGUUCCCUGUUUUGUUGGUAGUGGGGAGGAAACCUUUUCCUUUUUGUACGUUGUACCUCUUUAAAUUGUUGAUAAAGAAAGCUGAUGAUUAAGCUCGGGAGAGAUGCAGCUGUAUUCAGUUGUAUGAGACUCUCUCUGUCUUGUUUGACCUAAUGUGUUUCUGAUAGGAAUUGUUCAUUGUUUCUUUAAAGCCUAAUUGAAUUGUAUGGACCCGCAAUAUCAUAGAAAAGGCCUGGAAAAGUACCUGCUUCACUUCAGACCAAAGCUCUGCUGGAAUGAACUUUAGACCAAAGCUCUGAUUCCAUUUACAACAAAGACCUUGUGGAGCAAGUAAAUCCAACUCUUUCCUCUGAAGUCAGCUGAUCUGCAACUCAUUAAGUCUUGUCUUUGCUGCAGAGUUAGCUCUUACCGGGUGUUGCCCCUAAUCUCACCUCCCACACAGCCCUCUUGCACAAGUUAAUUGUGCUUUCUGACCCAGCUAGCUGGCCUGGCUACAGCUGCAGGUUGGAGCCUGGGUACUACUUUCACUUGGACUGGUAACCCGCCCAUUUGGAACGAAGAUGCAGGCUAAAUCACUCAAGCACUGAUAGUCUUCCAAUGCCUUCCCAUAAUUCCACUGUGUGCCCUGAAGGAUUGACAAAUUCUCCCACAGUUUGCUAGGAAAAAAUCAGACUGGCUGAUCUUACUGCAGCACAAAAAAUGGUGGGAUAUACUUAGCAAUACAUGUGGGGGAGUGAAGCACCAGUAAGGACACUGUAAUGUGGGUGUGGAUUUAUAGGGUGGUCACUCAUGCCCGACUGCUAAUGACCCACGCUAAGUCUGCAGUGAAGACAUACUCUAAGGAUUUAAACCAGUGGUUCUCAACCUUUCCACACUACUGUACCCCUGAAGCUGAGACCCGCUGCAUGGGGCUGAAACCUGAACCCUGUUGCCUAGGCUGAAGCAUGUAACUUAGGUUCACGUGGCCCCAGGCAACUGCCCUGCUUGCCAUCCCCUAAUGCCAGCUCUGCUCUUGCAACCUCCUUAAACCCGUCCCACAACCCCCCUGGGGGUUGCAGCCCACAGGUUGUGAAACACUGAACUAGAUCAGUUGACCGUAUCCCUUGAAAGACCUCUGCAUACCCCCAGGGAUACACAUCUGGUUAAGAACCACUGUGUUAAACUAUCUACAUUUGAAAAUGCUCAAUCACCAGCUGGGAGACCGUUCUGAAUGCAAGAAAAGCGUCAGUCUUGACUCAACACCACUGCCACCAGGGAACUAUAAAUGGGCUGCAAAUUGUCUUCCACUUCCUGGCAAGAACUCCAGCAGUUUUCUUCACUCUCUGUAUGAUGUUUAGCUACCAGCUUAGGACUGGCUUAAAAUUAUACUUUAUCUUCUACAAAAACAUCAACUUUGAGUGCACUGCUAGAAAAUGAAAAUUAGGUGGUCUUGCCGUUAUCAGAAAAGCCUGGAUGGAAUUGAAAGAGAUGUUUGUACAGGAGCCAGUGUUAAAGUUCUAUACAAGUGGAAGGCCUAUGAAAAUCUUAAUAGGUGCCUCACAAUUUGAUUUAGGUGAAGUCAUUUUGCAGUAGUGGGAAGAAAGCUGACAGCUUACAGUUUAUGCACUCAGGUCACAGAGAUGCAAAAACGAGAUGCACAAAUACAAACAGCUGUUAGGGAUAUUGCUUAAGUGCUAAGAGAAAUUUUGACCGGAGAGCAGAGGCUGAAACAGACCCAGGUCUCUAAUACCAGAUUACCUGUUCUAUAAGGAUGCAAAGUCUGAUGAUCAAGCUACAGAUGUGAGAGAAAGCUGUGUCAUAGUAAUGAAGUGUUGCCAGCGGAUACCCUAUCUAUACUUGCUGCGUUAGAGAAAGAAGCUGAGGAAUUAAGAGUUGGAGACGUAAGCUUGGUGAUCCCUUCUCACAGCAAGUGAGAAGCCACAAAGAGGGAAAAUGCUGAAUGAAACAAUUAUGAAAGGAUGGCCAAAGGUAAUGCACAGCAGUCAGCAAGAGACUAUGGAGGUUACAGAUAUAAAUGUACAGCAGUGAAUGGCGUGAUUGUUCAUAGACAUAAAACCUAUUAUACUCCAGUGACUUUACUCGUGACUGCUACAGGGAGGCUAUUUGGGAAUUGUAUGUAAAAGAAAUAAACCCAGAGGCUUCUCAAAUGUGAACAAGCUGGUUGUUCUACUUGAGAUACAAUCUACAGCCCCAUGAUUCUCUGUCUGAUACUACAGAGACUAUCAAAUGGUCAGAGAUGGGCCAAACCAGGGUAUUCCAGUGCAGGGUUUUGAAGUUUUGCGGAGGUUCGAAUCUGGAUCUGAACUGCUUGACUCAGGCCCAACUAUACCAGUGGACAUCACAGACUCUCAUGUGGCAAAGAACAAGUGAAGUUUGUUCCUGAUCCUUGCUCUUUGCACCCUGAAAUGUGAACAUUUGAAAGUAUCUUUGUAAGACGUGGAAUUCCAGAUAAAGACCCAGAUUUUUAAAGGUAUUUAGGCAGUGUUCCAUUCAGCAUUGCAAGGCCUAAGGUCCAGAUUUUAAGGGUAGUUAGGGUGUCUAACUUCCACUGGGAGUUAAGCACCUAACUACCUUAAAAAAUCUGGGCUUAAGUGACUUGGGGUAUGUCUAUACUACCCGCUGAAUUGGCGGGUAGUGUUUGAUGUUUCGGGGAUCGAUUUAUCUUGUCUAGUCUAGAUGCAAUAAAUCUAUCUGCUAAUCAAUGCCCGUACUCCACCUCGGCAGGAAAAAUAAGCGGCAUUGACGGGGGAGCCGCGGCAAUCAAUUCGCCGCCGUGAGGAUGGCCAGGUAAGUCGAACUAAGACACUUCGACUUGAGCUACACGAAUAGCAUAGCUGAAGUUGGGUAUCUUAGUUCGAACUCCCCUGCUAGUGUAGCCCAGGCCUUAGAUGGCUAAGUCCCAUUUUCAAAAGUGACUUAGCAGCCUAAAUCAUUGAAAGUCAUUGAUUUCAAUAGGAGUUAGGAUCUUGGUCUUAAGUGUUUGUCACUUUUGAGAGUGUGAAUUAGCUCUGUAAAUCGAUGCUGGCCACGGUAGUGAGGAUGCACCGCGACAACUUAAUGCGCUUAGUGGGGACAUACACAAUCGACUGUAUAAAAUAGAUAUCUAAAAAUCGACUUCUGUAAAAUCGAUUUAAUUUCAUAGACAUACCCUAAGUCACUUGGGGUAGAUUCACAAAGAGGACUUAAGUGUUUUCAACAGCUGAUUCCCCACUGCACUGCCACCCAGGGGAAUUCACAGCCCUGAGUUAUGCAUCCAGGCCCCCCAAGCAUUGCGUGGGGAGAGUUAGGUGCCUGAUUCUCAGAAGCCAGCAAGCUAAGCAGGGAGCCACCGAAGCCAGCCAGGAGUGAAAUGCAGAGGAAAGGGCAGGGGUUAAGACCCAGAUCCACAAGGGCACUCCCAUUGAUCUGUGCCUUAAGGAUCUGACCAAGAGGUAGGAGAGAUUCUCAGCUGUGGGGAGCGGCAGUGGAUGCUGCACUUGCCCUGGGCGGGGGUGGGCAGUUCCUCCCACCUGCCUGCCCAGAUCUUACCAUCAGAGCCCUGUGCAGAUACAAAAUUUGUAUCCACAUCCGCACUGCUAUCCGCAGAAGUGGUCCAUGGAUAUAAAGUGGAUACUUGUAAAUUUGCAGGGCUCUAGUUAUGGCACUUGCCUGGAAGGUGGGAGACCUGUUUUCAAACCGCUGGCUGGUUUGGAGCAGGGAUUUGAAUCAAGGUCUCCCAUCUCCAAAGCGAGUGCCCAUACCACCAGGCUAUUGGGUAUUCUGGGGUGGCUCUUUCUGUCUCUGCUGUUGAACCUGUUCCAUUUGGUAUUAAAUAAAUAUUCCUGGGGCAAAAGGAAGCGAGAGAGAGAGACUGAAUAGCCUGAUGGUUAGGGCACUUGCCUAGGCUGUAGAAGCAGCAGGUUCAGAUCCCUGCUCUGGUAGAUACACAAAGUGGAGAACAGCUUGAUGGUUAGGGCAUUCUCCAGUCAGCUUCAAAUUAGGCAGAGCAAACCUUCAAAACUGGUAGAAAGUUUAGGCUUAGGCAGCAACUGAGUGGAGAUUUUUCUGAAUGUCUGAGAUGCCUAAAAUGUUGGGUUUAUGAGCCUGUAUCCCUUUGUGAAUAUAGUUCUACGCUUUGCAACAGCGCGUGGAGAAAUAGCAAAAUACCUUUAAGAAUGUGGGGGCAAAGUGUUCGGUGCUAUUAGAACAGAAUGUUCCCCUCACAGAAAGUAAGCAGCUUUCAGUUGAUGUAGAUUUUAAGCAUAUGAUUUCAGCUUCUAACCAUUUUAGAUCAAAUGGGCUAAACAAGAGCUUAAUACAGAUAGUGAAGAAGUGGAGCAAGAAGCUACCAAUCCUUUGGAUCAGCUCCAUCCAUUAGUAGACGAUGGAGAGUCACCACCUCAGCUGUUGAGAAGAUGAAUGAAAAUUAACUUUCCCAGCAAGAAAAAAGCUAAACAAGACUCAAAAUUAAGACAGAAUAAGAUUAAAGAGAAUCAGAAAAUUAAACAAAGUUACUUUGAUUUUUAAGAAGAGCACACUCUCCCAUCAUUUCAGCUUUGGCAGCACCGUGCAUCCUUGUGCCUACACCACAAACUAGUGAUUAGAGAGGCAUAGGGGAAGCACAGAGAGCUCCAAAAUCCUAGCAAGUGUAUAAUGUGUUUGCUGCCCUUUGAUUUAAUAAACAUAUCCUGAGAUCACAGAUAUGUCUGGUGCAAAUGAACCAUUAGAACUUGUGGGAUAGAACAGAGAAAAAGGGAGAGGUUAAUUAAUCUGAAGAAGAUAAUACAUUAAGAAGCUCUUAAACCACUACAGAAACGAAAUAAAAAUGUCAUAUUUCUAUAUAGAAAUAAUUGUAUAAAGAGGUAAACGCUUGCUGGAGAGUGAAGUGCGAGUUGCCUCUUCUGCUUGGAGAAGCAGAACGUAAAAGAUAGCUGUUUUCUGCGUAUGUGAUGUUGAAAUGUAUAUUGUAUACAUUGAGAGACAUUAAGACAUUGUUUAAAAGAAGGAAGAGAGAGUGAUAUAAAUAUUGGAGGUAAUAGAUGACUCUUAGAAUGUUAACAGGCCUAUGAGAAUUUGGAGAUGGUCCCUAAGAAUUAUUGAUGGAGGGCAAAAUUCUGUUGUUAGGGCAGGACAUGCCAUAUUGUUUUGAAGAAAAUGAUAGACUUGAUGGUGCAGCUAUGAAUUCUAGCCGAAUAAUAAACUAGUUAUUCUUCUCA